UCUUCAUUUCUGUUCACACCCAGAGUCGAAAUCACAUGCAUUUGGAAAAUCAUCAUCUACCUAGAGAAGCCAGCGGAUGUCAGCAGAACCUGGACUGGCAGCAAGACCUUGCUGACGCUCCGGCUGGAGAGGAGGAGACAUCAAGGCCAACAUCUGUUGAGCUGUUUGCUGAACAUUAACUUCGUUCUUCUUUUGUUUCAGCUGUAGCUGGGUAAGAUCAAUUACGGCAGGUGACAAACACAAGGAGACAGAAACGCAGAAGCAAAGAGAAGAGAGGGUAACCUCCCUUGGCAGUGACAGCAUUUCCAGCCCUGCGGUCCACAGCCGGAAGAAAGUUCCCACAGCAAUGGAGUCAUGCAGCACAGGGGUGAACGGCAUGCUUGCUGUCUUCUUGGUUCUGCAUCUGGGUCUGAUCUCCAGUAUGGCUCAGCAAAUUGAACAACAGAUUGGGAUCGCAGGACAGGAGGUGACCCUGCCCUGCAAAGGCAUUUCUUCUGCCUCCCCUUACAGAGUUGUGAUCUGGACGUUCUUUGAUGCUGUUGUAGGGCAUAUGGAAAAUAAUAUCCAUUGGAAAAAACCAGGUGCCGAUAGUCAAUUUGAAGUCAUGAGCACAAAUAAAGAGCUGAAGGUGCGGAACCUUGUGCUCUCCAACGCUGGCAUUUACACCUGUAAAUAUGGCUCUUACAAAGUCCGUACCUCACUGCAUGUCUUCAAGUUGACAGUGUCUUUGGAUGGGCACUUUCUGCAAAAUGAAGUCCCUGAGCUGACUUUAAUGCACAAUUCACCUGAUCCUAAACCCACUCUCAGCAUCACAUUGUUUAACAGUAACAAUAACAUAGUAACACCAGAAACAGAAAACAAAUCCCCUCAAAAAUGCAUAUUGAAUUUGAAGAAACUGGAAGCUACGGACAGCGGGACCUGGGUGUGUAAUGUCCGUUCAGACUCUCCACUGAUUAAUCAGAACAUCUCCUUUGCUGUGAAGGUAUUAGGUUUUCAGGAUCUAGAUAUGGAAAGAAAGUAUGCAAUUGCUGACAGCACUGUCAUCUUGUCAUGGCAUCUGAACUUCCAGAAGAUAAAAUGGAAUAAAGGUUUCACAGGACAAGUGAACUGGAAACAACAGGAAAGUGCAAAAGCUCAUGAACUGCUUGAUUUCAACGUCACAGCACUAGGAGAGCAGCACGAGACCAAAAAAAGCAGCCACUUUCUGUUUGAGAUACCUGAAAGAACACCUAAAAGUACCAUACAAGUGAAACUCUCCAAAGUCCAUUUCAACCAUUCUGGGCACUACCAGUGCCAGUUGGCAUACAAAGGAAGACACGUGCAGAGCAACAUAGAGCUGGUUGUGAUGAAAGUCUCAGCUAACCCUGUUGGGCCACUCUCCAGAGGGGCCAAUAUGACUCUGAUCUGCGAGGUCUCUGGUCCACUCCCACCCAAAGCCCACUUGCGCUGGGAACGUGUGAAUGGGACUCAGAUGGACAUCAAGAACUCAAAGCAGGAUGAAGUAAAGUUGGAGGUGAACAUCAGUGCUGCAGGGCUGUGGAGCUGUCACCUCAUAGAAGACAAUGACAGAAAGAUCAGCCUUCAUUACCACGUGGAGGAAGCUCCUGUUUGGAUUAACUAUGUGGUAACUGGAACAAGUGUUGGAGGCAGUGUAUUGGUGUUUGCUUUUGUGUGUCUGUGCAUCAUCAGUGGUAUAAGCUGGCAGCGGAGAAGGCAACGGGCAAAAAGGAUGGCACAAGCAAGACAAUACUUGCUGGAAAACAAGACGUGUCAGUGUCAACACUGGCUAAAAAAGUAAUAUUGCGGCACUGAAGUCAGAAGGACUGAUGAAGCCUCUGCCUGUACCUAAACACCUGGCAGCCCAUAGUGCUCCAUGAAUCCAUCUCUCUUUCUCCUGUUUUAAUGUAAUUCUUUAUUCUUUCAUCAUUCUCCCAGUCUAAUGCCAUGAAGGGAUGCACUCUGGCUAGGAGCCAAUGGACAGGACGAGAAACCUUGAAGGGUUACGAGUGAUCUGCAGUUGUAUAAUGAGAGACACUGAAUAGAAGAGAUACAUAUAUACAGAUAUAUAAUAUGCUUGUAUUUUGUUCAUGCACUUAAUUUGACCUUCUCGUGGAACCAAUUUUAUGUGCUUCUUUUAUCUGCCUGAGCGACAAUAAAUUACUUUAGGGCUGGGAGUUA